CUUCUCUUAUUCUAUUUCUGGCUCACUCCUGAGCCAAGGCUGUUCCUUCCUCGGAAGAGAAAAAGCAGAGAUGAUGCUGAGGGUGUUUUCAGCGAGGUCUCUGUUCAGAAAGGACAGGCUUCGUGCUGCUUUCUCCACAGCUCUGCUCUUCGACGAUACUCAGAUACAAUUUAAAGAAAGCAUUGCACAGUUUGCACAAGAAAACAUUGCUCCUCAUGCAUCAAGAAUAGAUAGAACAAAUUAUUUCCCAGAGGAGGUUAACUUGUGGAAACUCAUGGGGGAUUUUAACCUACAUGGAAUUACUGCCCCAGAGGAAUAUGGUGGACUUGGGCUUGGUUAUUUAUAUCACUGCAUAGCAAUGGAAGAAAUUAGUCGUGCCUCGGGAUCAGUUGCACUGUCAUAUGGUGCCCAUUCAAAUCUAUGCAUUAACCAGUUGGUGAGAAAUGGGAACCCUGCUCAGAAACAGAAGUACUUGCCAAAGCUCAUCAGUGGGGAGCAUGUAGGAGCUCUUGCAAUGAGUGAACCCAAUGCUGGCUCUGAUGUUGUUAGUAUGAAGUGUAAAGCUGAUCGUGUUGAUGGGGGUUAUAUUUUAAAUGGAAACAAGAUGUGGUGCACCAAUGGUCCAAUUGCUCAGACACUGGUUGUUUAUGCGAAAACGGAUAUUACAGCUCAUUCAAAAGGAAUUACAGCAUUUAUCAUCGAGAAGGGAAUGCCUGGAUUCAGUACUGCUCAGAAAUUAGACAAACUUGGGAUGCGAGGAAGUGACACGUGUGAGCUUGUCUUUGAGAAUUGCUUUGUUCCAGAAGAAAAUGUUAUUGGGCAGGAAGGGAAAGGAGUUUACGUAAUGAUGUCAGGGCUAGAUUUGGAAAGGCUUGUUUUGGCAGCUGGGCCCCUUGGUCUUAUGCAGGCAUGUAUAGAUGUAGUUCUUCCCUAUGUUCGGCAGAGAGAACAGUUUGGCCGUCCAAUUGGAGAAUUUCAGUUUAUACAGGGGAAACUUGCUGACAUGUAUACUUCUUUACAGUCAUCAAGAUCAUAUGUGUAUUCUGUUGCGAGGAAUUGUGAGAACGGAAAAAUUGACCCAAAGGAUUGUGCUGGAGUAAUACUUUGUGCAGCUGAAAGAGCCACCCAAGUUGCUUUGCAGGCAAUUCAAUGUUUAGGUGGCAAUGGGUAUGUGAACGAGUACCCAACUGGUCGUCUUCUUCGAGAUGCCAAACUGUAUGAAAUUGGGGCAGGGACAAGUGAGAUUAGAAGAAUGAUUAUUGGUCGGGAGCUCUUUAAGGAACAGUGAGAAGUUGCUUUCUUUUGGGAUUGCGUGGCUGAAAGCUUGAAACAUCCAUGCUCCAUUCAGUUUUAACCUGCUGAUCCCCACUGCUGCAGCAGCCAUUGAUUUCACUUCUGCAACAUGACUUCCUUACCCAGCAACAUGUUCUCUCAAUACAAGAAAUGAAAAAUAAAUAGCGAUCUAUUGUUGUAAAAGUUGGUUUGAACUAGAGAGGAACCACAAAAGUUGCAGAAAUAAAUCAUAGACAUUAUUCUUGGCAAUAUCAUUUGCAUUUGAGGCUAA